UGAGCUAAGCAAUGUCCCUGUCCCUGUCAUGUUAAUGCCGGAUGACUUUAAAGCCUACAGUAAGAUUAAGGUGGACAAUCAUCUUUUCAACAAGGAAAACUUGCCAAGUCGUUUUAAAUUUAAGGAGUACUGCCCCAUGGUGUUCCGAAACCUCCGCGAAAGAUUUGGGAUUGACGAUCAAGAUUAUCAGAACUCCGUAACACGAAGCGCCCCAGUGAACAGCGACAGCCAAGGUCGAUGCGGGGCCCGUUUCCUGACCACCUACGACAGGAGGUUUGUCAUUAAGGCAGUGUCGAGCGAAGACGUAGCAGAGAUGCACAACAUACUAAAGAAGUACCAUCAGUUUAUAGUGGAAUGCCAUGGGAACACCCUUCUCCCCCAGUUCCUAGGCAUGUACAGACUCACCGUGGACGGAGUGGAAACCUACAUGGUAGUCACCAGGAACGUAUUUAGUCACAGGCUGACUGUGCAUCGGAAGUAUGAUCUGAAGGGCUCAACAGUCUCCAGGGAAGCGAGUGACAAAGAAAAGGCCAAGGAUUUGCCAACGUUCAAAGACAACGACUUCUUGAACGAAGGCCAGAAGCUCCACGUUGGAGAAGAGAGUAAAAAGCACUUCCUCGAAAAGCUAAAGCGGGACGUGGAGUUUUUAGCUCAACUGAAGAUCAUGGACUACAGCCUGCUGGUGGGCAUUCACGACGUCGACCGGGCGGAGCAGGAGGAGAUGGACGUGGAGGAUCGGGCCGAGGACGAGGAGUGUGAGAACGAUGGCAUUGGCGGGAACCCUAUUGGCUCUUAUGGGACCCCACCUGACAGCCCCGGCAACCUCCUCAACUUCCCGCGGUUCUUCGGGCCUGGGGAGUUUGACCCUUCAGUCGACGUAUAUGCCAUGAAAAGCCAUGACAGUGCCCCUAAGAAGGAGGUGUAUUUCAUGGCCAUUAUAGAUAUUCUUACGCCGUACGAUGCAAAGAAGAAAGCUGCACAUGCUGCCAAAACAGUGAAACAUGGGGCUGGGGCGGAGAUCUCCACGGUGAAUCCGGAGCAGUACUCUAAACGCUUCAAUGAAUUUAUGUCCAAUAUCCUGACAUAGUCACCUUCUACCUUGAGCCAGAAAGGAAGAGAAGAGGGGCUACUUCCAAGCAGAGAACACAGCCUGUGACACUAAAACAGACACUGUAGCAGCACGUGGGGUAUGAGUGAGUGUGAGCGUGUGGCACUGUAUGAUUUACAGGAAACUAAUCUAGGUGCAUUCUCAAAUAUUCCACUUGACCCAGGUGGAAAAGUGGCUUUUUUCCUUUUGUUACAGAAAUGCCCAAAUAGAGAUUUGAGGCUUUUUUUAAAAAAGAGAAUCUAAUUGCUGCAGCAAUGCUGUUCAUAAUGACAUUUUCUCCUCUCUGAUCAAGAGACGCCAGUAAGGAUACCACGAAUGGCUGUUUAAAAGGGGGAGCUCUAACCUGUAGCUUGUGUUAAAUAAGAGGAGAAGCAACGCCUAAUUCCACAAACUGCUGUUCUUUUUAAUGGACAGCUUUUUUUAACAGAAAGCCGUACAAACCCUUUUAUUUCCUUCUCGGUAGGAGUCGGGGGGGGAAAAAGUAGUCUGCCAUUUCAAAGAUGAAAAUGUUGAGGAGCUGCUGAACCUUAACUAGGUAAAUUCAGGCUGGGAACCUUUCUUUUGGGGGGUGUUAAAAAUUUCUUUUACUUGAGAAAUUAACGUCACAAGAAAGACGAGGGAAAUGAACAUCUACCAAAGAUGGUCACUUAAGGCAUAACUCAUAGAAGCUAAAAAAGUAGUAUGAAAAAUACUGGAUAGCCACAGAACCAUCAUGCUUAGGAUAGGCGGCCUGGGAAGAUUCCAUUGAAGAAGAAAAUCAUGUUAACUUAUUCUGCAGGUUUCGGGUUACAUUUGGCUGUCUAGAAAAAAUGACAAUUGUUAAAUCUCCCUGCCUCUAAAAUAGAGCUGACGCAUGACAGUUCUGCCAGUGUUAAUCUAGCUAAUGUUCAGAGUCUUCCUAACUCAUCCAAUCCUGUUACAAGUACUUGAACUGUUGCCUGAGAGAGGUUUAAAAAACCAACCAACCAAGUCAACAUGAAGUGCAUCUUGAGAAAUGUAAAUUGCUGUCAGUUUGGAGUGUUGGUAGUUGUGACUGUGUCCCCAGUUCCACUGCUCAAGAGGACUCCGAACUUGAGCCAUAUUUGUCUACGCUCCGCUCUGCUCCAGGUCCAUAACUCUAGCUGGUAGAGUGAGUCAAUGGGCAUAAAUGACUGAACACUUCCUCCAGAUAUUUUUCCCCCUAAGGAAUCUGAACUGAUUUGCGUGAUUGAAUUAUGUCCUAUUUGUCUCCAGACCGCUUGUAAUAUUUUUCACAGCCAAGCUUGUCGAACUUGCUGUAAGUUUAAUUAGUUCUGCUGCAGAACAGUUGUCUGUUUUUUUUUUUUAAGCAGGAUUUAGCUGUUUUGAAGAGAUACCUUGCAGUUGACAUAAGUUGCUUAUCUGCCUUGAAACUGUUUUCACAAAUGCCUUUGUUUCAGGAAUAAGCUGUUAGAAUGUUUGUGUCCUGUGCUAUAACAUGUGCUAGUUUGCUCUGUCGAUUUGGUCCUGUGUGAGAGAGAGGUGGUACUCAUCGUGUCCUCGUAACUAACUAGACUAAUGCUAGCUGUGAUUGGAUUCUGAAUGCAGGAUGA